AUGGCGAGUAGGGACUAUGUUGUUCCUCCCGAGUACAAAUACGAGAGUAGCCGGGGGUCUACUCGGUCUGUUUCGCGAAUAAAUACAGUAGUUAGAGACAUUCGAUCGUCGAUAGCGGAUUAUAGAAAUGAAGAAAGGAGGCUCAAUGAAUCUACGAGAUAUCCGGAGUCAGUGAGAAGUAACGCCGAAUACGACAGCAAAGUCACGAAACAGAACGAGAUCUUAACCAAGCAAUUGAUGUUUUAUCGCGCCCAAGCGGGCGAUCUCGACAAAAAAUUGCGCCAAGCAACGAAUCUCCUUGAAUCGACUGUUCUCGAGAUUCAAGCAAAGCCUGGAAUGGCGAAUGCUGAAGAUCUUUACCUUGAAAAUCAAGAGCUCAAGAAACGACUUCAGGAAAUUUUGAUAAGAGGAGGCCAAGCUGGAACAAUUGGCUACAGUAGCCAAAUUGCAAAGCUCAAACAAAGGGUUGAAGAGCAAGAUCGACAGUUGGAUGCAAGCAAGGAGUUAUACAACGAGCUUAGAAAGAAAUUCGAUGAAUUGAAUGAGAGCGUCGUUGAAGCUGGAAACUUACCGAGAAGAAACGAGAUUCGAACUGUAGCAACUGAUGGCAGAGUGGAUGUGUCCAAAGAAAAAGAGCUGAACGCCAUCAUCAAGCAACAAGAAGGCGCAAUAAGAGAACUCAAUGAAGAAAUGAAGGCGAUGGAAGAACUUAUCCAAGCGAAUCAACGGCAAUCAAGGAGGACCCCUUAUCAAAUUUUCAUCGAACAAGAAGACAAGAUUGAAGAAUUGCGAACAGAAAAUGUUCGCCUGAGAUCAGACCAGGAAAAGUACGAGACUCUUCAGCAGACACUUCUGGAAAAGGAACAGACUUUCAAUGAUAACAUCCCGAGCUUCAACUUUGAAGAGAAAGAAAAGUUUGAUCAGACGAAAAUAAACUUCAAACCCGAAGUUUUCGACGAAUCCGCCGUCCCACUCGCCAACAACACGACCGGACUCCUCCUCGACGACAUUCCAUCCGAAUUCAAAGCUCCUAUCCACACCCAGAUCUUCUAA